GGCUGCAGGACGAGGGUCCGGUUCACUUUCUGUUUUGUUUUUCCAACAACCACCGAAGUUGCGGGCAGGUAAAACCAGGGACUUCCUCGACCCUGGCUUUGGCCUGCGUCGGAACUGCCAGGCUCGCUGGGAACAACGCCCAACCGGUCCCUCAAACAGGUUGUGCCACGUGGCCUUGACCCGUGACACCCCUGCUGCUCGCGCCGAUUUGCCGACAAUUCGACUCGCACUCUCGGAGCGAAUGAGUCUUCUGGGCGGCUUCUCAGCCAGACAGCCCCGAGCGCUAUGCAAACCCAGUCCGACUGGCCCCCGGUGACCGACGACAUCCUGCGGCCUUCGCCUUUUGCGCAUCCUGUGCUGCACACCCUCCAUUGCGUGGCCCGUGUGCUGCUCUUCCCGACCUACUGGGCUCUGGACCAGUUGAUUGGUUGCUGGGCACCGACAGCGCGCCCCAGCAGGCUGAGAGCAGCAGCUGGCGGCGGGGUGGCGCUGCUGCUGCUCCUGCUAGUUGGCCUACCGCUGGCGUUGCCUGGCUUGCUGCUCUGGCUGCCGCUGCAGGCCUGUCGCCGCCCCUUCUGCUACCAGCCCCCUCCUCCGUGCUGGGUGCCGCCCACGCCCUGGCGCCCCUGCGCUGAGUUUGCGCGCUGCUUUGUCUUCCUCACUGCCAACCUGUGCCUGCUCCCCGACGGGCUGGCGCGCUUCAGCAAUCUGCCGCACAGCCAACAACGCGCAGAGACCAUUGGCGCUACGCUGUUAAACGGCCUACGGCCCUCGCUUUAUGGAGCUACCGGAUGCAGCCCACAAAGGCCUGGGGAGCCAGGCGGGACGCUGACGGCCCAGAUGCCCGCGGGGCUGGACUUUGUGUGCCUGCAGGAGGUAUUCGAUAUUCGCGCAGCUCGCCGCCUGGUGCGCCGCUUGGCUCCGAAUCUGGGCCCGGUGCUGUAUGACGUAGGCACACUUGGCCUACAGCCUGGGCCAUACUUAAAACUGCUAGGCAGCGGGCUCCUGCUGGCUUCCCGCUACCCGCUUCUGCGUGCCAACUUCCAUUGCUUUCCCAAUGCGCGUCGCGAGGACGCCUUUGUCUCCAAGGGUCUACUAUCCGCUCAGGUGCAACUGGGCAUCCUGGACGGGCACCGCAUAGUGGGAUUCCUGCAUUGCACGCAUUUACAUGCACCCACUGAGGAUGGGCUCUUGCGCUGCAAACAGCUGACGCUGCUACUGGACUGGGCAGAGCAGUUUGAGGCCGAGAGCCGCCAGAGUGGUGAGGCUGUGGCCUUUAGCGUGCUUCUGGGCGACCUAAAUUUUGACAACUGCUCAAAAGACCACGCACGGGAGCAGGGGCACAAACUCUUUCGCUGUUUCCGGGAUCCCUGCCGGCUGAGCACACGCCAGGAUCAGCCUUGGGCCCUGGGAACCAUCCUAAGCACCUCCACCCUCCACCAAUCAGUAGCUAGCUCACCGGAGAUGCUGCGGAGGGCCCUAGAGCAGGAGAAAGGGCGCCACCUCUACCUGGCAGGCCCUCCCCGCGGAGGCCGUCGGGCUAACCCCUGGCUGGGCCGUCGUCUGGACUACAUCACCUACCGGGAAAUGCCUGGGAGUGUGCUGAUUCCAGUAAGUGCCAGAGUUCAGGACUGCUGGGCUUGCUGGCGCUGGAACCAUCCCUCAACCUGGUUCCUGCCCCCAGGAAGUGGAACAGGUUAUGUUUAGUACAGCCCUGGCGGGGCUCACAGACCACCUGACCGUGGGCCUGCAGCUCCGCGUUUCCGCGCUCUCCUGACACGGGCACAAGGACAAAGGAUGCUGCCGGCAACACAGACCACAAGGCAGAGCACGAGUUUGGCCUGACAGCCGUGUCCCACAACUGGGCGAUGUAAGGGGUCUUUAUUAGGGGGGCCCUCACACAGCCUCUUGGGCCCUGCGGUACUCAUAGACACUACCCCGCUCUGAGAAGGCAGGGGAUUGUGGGGGCGAGCCCUUCGAUGGGGCAGGGUCCUCUGGGUUCCCGUAGCCACCACCUCCAGGGGUAUGAAGGCAGAACACAUCCUGUGGAGAAAGGCCGGUUCAGAGCAGGCUUGACCCUUCCCAGCCCGGGCGGCAUUCAUCAUCUUAACGUUUGGACCCCAGAGACCCGGCAUAUGGCCCACCGCCCUUCGGGAACCAAAUUAAACUCGCUAUCAUCUGGUUAUU